AUGCAUCAUAAUAUUUGCACAGAUACUGGUGACGAGUACCGGGAUAAAUGCAUAGUAUUACUAAGAAACGCACUAGUUGGUCAUAAACGACCGCUUCCAACAAAAGAGCAAGAAUUAUACAUGUAUUGGAAAGCAGCAACAAUCGAACUAUGCGUGUACCGACAACACCACGAAAAGGUUGACGAAGACUAUGUGGAAGAGAUACACCGCAAAAUAAUAGUAAUAUGUGAUCCGAAGACUACGAUUCGUGAGAAUCUGGUCGAUGGAUCUUUGAAUCCACAAAUGUUGAUAACGGAUACAUCGGAGAAGGUAUCGACUAUGUCAUCAAAAUCGUCUGCUAGAAAUAUUGGUGGUGGUGGACAGGCAAGCUUUUGUAUUUUAUCUCGGGCGAUUUGUAGAAAUUGA